AUGUCCGUGCAAUUUCCGGUGCAACCAAUCGGACGCUUCGCCGGCGCGAGCCAGCCUGUCCGGCGACCCAAGGAAAUCGCCUGCUUCUCCUACGACGAUAAUCAUGUAUUCUCACUAGGCGAUGCUUCUCUCAAGUGGUACUACACCCCGCAGCUGGGCGCCGACCUCUCCAAAGGCUUCGACACCUUUGAGAAGCUCGACGACAGCAAAGACGAGCAUCUCGACAGCCUGCUGAGGACCAUCACAGCCCAUGAACAGGACACUGGAAAGCGGAUAGACGCCCACGUCGUCACGUGGCGCGGAAUGAUGACCAAGAUCAUGGCGACGCCGUUUGACAACCAGGAUGGCUUCGAGAUGAAUGCCACCCUGUACCAGGACUGCCUCUUCAUCGAAGAAAACAACGCGUACAAGGUGGCCUCGCGGCGCAACGAGGGCCAGACCCGGCGCCGGCACGGCCCGCCCCUCGAGGUCAUGCAGUUCUGGGGCUACAAGUUCGAGACGCUCGCCACGCUGCCCGCGCCGUGGGGCGACACGGAGCGCGCAGUGAUCGACGGCCGCGAGCACGCCGUCGUCAACAACAAGGCGCAGUACUGCUCCGUCGUGCGCACCGGCAUCGGCAAGACCAUACUCUGCCUCGGCGGCGAGGUCGACGCCAUCUGGGACUCCAAGCCUGUGCAGCAGGGCAGCCCCAUCAACUGGGUCGAGCUCAAGACGAGCGCCGAGAUGCGCGGCCCGGGCGACGUGGAUAACUUCCACCGCAAGCUCAUGAAGUACUGGAUCCAGUCGUUUCUGCUUGGCGUGCCCAAAAUCAUUGUUGGCUUCCGCUCGCGCGACGGCAUCCUGCUCGACGUUCAGGAGAUUGAGACGCACCGCAUCCCCGAGACGGUCAACGGCAGGCCGAACCCGUCGUGGAACGCCGACAUGUGUGUCAACUUUGCGGCGGCGUUUCUAGAGUUCCUCAUGCAUACCAUCAAUGACGAAGGCGUCUGGCGAAUCAGACGGCAGCCCCAGUCGCCCAUGAUUGAGGUGUACAAGGUGGAAGAGACUGGCCAUGGCGACAUACUGUCUGAAGAGUUCAAAAAUUGGCGCAUUAAACUGUCGCUUGGCGCACAGCCCACAUAG